AUGCUACGAUCAUUGAUACGACAUGCUAGUACUACCUCGACAAUAACUAAAACUCCCACAAUAAAAUCAAGACCAUCAUUACUUACAAUACUACCUUCGAAAAGAACAAUAAAUAGAAUAUUAUUUGAUAAUGAUUCAUCAGUAACAUAUUCCAAAAUGAUUCCAGUACUUACGGAAAUUUAUAAUAAUUUAUCAACACCACAACAAAUCAAAAUUUCAUCAAAUAUAACAACUCGAGAUUUAAUGAUUUUUAAAAAAGUUUUAGAAAAUAUAAGAAAUUUAACUCAAUCAAUAAAUAAAAAUUUAGUUGAUUUAGAAAAUGAAAUUAUUGAACAAUGUGCAGAAAUGGGAGAUUUAGAUGCUAUAACUUUAUUAAGUUUUGAAACUAUUAGAAAUUCUUUAAAACCAAAUACUAUAAUAACUCCUCAAUUAAAAGAUGAUUUAAAAACUGCAAAUAAAUUUAUAAAAGAAUUAACUGAUUUAAAACAUCCUUUAGUUUUUAAAAUGGCCGGUGAUUUAGCUUAUGAAAAAGGAGUAUUUAAUAAAGCUAUAGAAUAUUAUCAACAAUUUCUUUCAGUUGAACAAAAUACUAUUGAAUCAGGUCAUAUAUAUUAUAAUUUAGGUUAUUAUUAUUUAACUCAAGAACCAAAAGAUUUGGAAAAAGCAAAAGAAUUUUUCUUGAAAUGUAUAAAAUUAUGUGAUUUAGAUCAAUAUUCAAUAAAAGCUCAUUAUUAUUUAGGUCAAUUAUAUAUUGAUAAAAAUCCAAAAUUAGCAAAAUAUCAUAUGGAAAUUAGUGCUUCAAAAUCUUUACUUGAAUCAUUUACAAGUUUAGGUUUUUUAGAAAUGAAUAAAUUUAAAAAUUACAAUGUUGCUAUAGAAUGGUUUAAAUUAGGAAUUGAAUCUCAAAAUAAAGACGUGUUAUGUUUAAUUGGAUGUUUUGAUUGUUAUAUAUUGCUUGAAAAUUGGAAAGAAGCUAAUAAAAUUUUAAAUAAUUUAACUGAAUUAAAAAAUAAGAUGAAUGUUGUUAAUAAUAAAGGUAAGAAAAGUAUACCUGAAUCAAUGAGAGGUCAAUUUGAAAUGAAUGAGUCUUUGUUGAGUAAUUUCUUCAAGGGAAGAACCACUGAGCUUGAGUUGUUGAAAAGCAAAACUCAGGUGUAA